CUACAGUUCCAUCUGGUUAUAAGAAAUUAAUAGACAGGAGAUAAUGUUCUUUUCUAUAAUAUUAAGUAUUGUUCUCACAUUUGCUUGAAACCGUCCAAUACCUUAAGAGAAUUUUAUAAAAUAUAAUUUUGCACGAUUGGAAAUUGCUGAAAGCUUUCUAACAUUGGUGGAUAUCAGGAGCGACUGAUUGUAAGAUAACUAUAAUUAGCUAAUUGCUCCUACAUAAUACACACUACUGGAGGGAAUUGCAGCAAUUCAGUUGCACGAGGAGGCCCAAACAGAACAGUUCGUACGGGACAGGACAAUGAGGAGACUUUUGCAGCUGGAUAUCUUCCAAUGGUUCGCCAUGCUCAUUGGCUUGACAUCCUACAGGCUGGUCGAUAAUAGAUUUAUUCAAACCCGAAUAGCCAGGAUUUACGCGAUGAUCGUCAACGUCUUCACGGUGACAAUGCUGCCUUUGCCACUUUCACGUUUGGCUUACUCAGUUUCGUUGUGCUUCUGGCUGCCCCGAUUCAUGUGGAUUACUCCUUACGUUCUUUAUGCGGUAAACUAUGCUGUCAUCGUUCACACUUUGAUCUGGCGUGGCUACCGGGACAGCAUGCUGAUGGAGCUACACAAAUUGAUUGUUAAACUAAACGGCGAGAUGGGCCGAACCCAAAAGAAGACGAACUCGAAGCUUCGGAGGCUGUUCUAUAUGAAGACCUUUACUAUGUCGUAUCUGUGCCUGUGCUAUUGUCUGGAAAUCUUUCUGUUUGAAGACGACUACUCCAUGAUGCUCGACUCAAUUCUAAUUUACUAUGGCUAUAUUAUUUUGAUUUCGUCCCCGCACUUAUACUUUGUGUCGCUCUGGCAAAUUGCACGAGGAUUUGAUUUUGUGAACCAGCAACUGGAGGAGCUCAUCUCCACACGGUCACCGCUCACACCCGGGUACACCGAGGAGCUGCGUAGUCUGUGGUCUAUUCACGCCAGCCUCAGCCGGACAGCGCACAAGAUAAACAGGAUAUGCGGUUGCCAGAUGUUAGCCACCCGCUUAGACUAUGUUACAUUCUCUGUGAUCACUAGCUACACAGCAGCUAUGUACUCGGUUACUGACCCAGGUCCUCUAUUUGUUAAAUACUUUAGUGUUUUCUAUUGCAUACGGACGGUGGACUUUUUUAUGACGGACUAUAUAUGUGAUUUGGUGACUGAGUACCAGAGCAUGCCAAAGGACACCGUUAGCGAGGGCGUCAUGUCCGACGAGCUGAGUUCGUAUGUGAUCUACCAGAACAGCAUGCAUCUUAAUUGGAAGGUUUGCGGUCUCUUCCGAGCCAAUCGAAAACAGUGGCUCGACAUGAUGGCAGCUAUCCUAUGCCACUCUGUAGUGCUCCUGCAGUACCAUCUGAUGAUGUCCGGCAAAGCCGAAAAGCAACAAAAAGCAUAAAUACUCAUAUUAUUUUAUGGUUCAUUUAAUGUUCUAUUUUACAUCCUAAACUUAAGCUAAUAUAGCAACUAGCACUGGCAACCUUCUUCAUUGGUUUUGGCUGG